UGCCUUCACGCAAUAUUUGAAGCUACCUGUUCAAUGAACAGGUAUAAAGAUAUUUACGUAUGCCGUGAGAUGGACGCUCUGAUUCACCUGUCCUUUUUUGUUUACUCGUUCCCUUGGUGAUAAAAAGACAUAGAAGUGAACAGGAAGCGUAUAAAGCAAAACUACGUGGUUACAGGCGUCUUCGAAUUCUUAUCUUACUGGGUCAGAUCAUGGAAUUAAUAUAAGAUUUAUUUCGCAAAUAUUUGGAUAGCCUUUAUACGACGAGUUGGGCAAAUAGGAAACGAUGGUCUUUUAAAUACGGCAAAGUGUUUAAAAACAAUGUACGUAGCGUCCUGUGAAAAAAGUAGAGUCGAGAUGGAGGAUGACACUAAAGCAGAGCUAGAUUAUUCCGCGGCAAAGUCUCAGUUGGAUGUACUAUCAAUCAGUGACAUCGACCUUAUAAUCAGAUGUGACAAACUUUCGGAAGUGUGCAAAGACCUUGCCAGCGUCCACCGAAGACGCAAUCUUGAGAAACAGCUGCCAGGAAACACGAGCACCCCGGAUGUCGCCCAGGAACCCAGUCCUGUGAGGCAAUGCAGGGACAAUGCGACAGUUGAGACAGUGUUAGGUUCAACACAAUCUGACCUAGGGGGAGAUCCAAACGAGGGUUUAGAAUUAAAUUGUGACGGGGAUAAAAUAGACAUGAAGGAUUUCACUUUGAAGUAUUUGUCACCUAGUCAUUCAAGGCAUAAAAAUCACGGGAUUUCAGAUGAUAACAGUUUAGGCUCCGAACAUGAUGCGUCACUUGAGUUGCUUAAUCAUUACCACGCAAAUAUUUCUACUUCGCUAUGUGAAGAUAAUAAUUCUUUCAAUUUUUCUUCUUCCGACUCUGGAAUAGACUCGUUUAUUGAAGAGGGAUAAUGCAUUGACUGACAUAUAGAACUGAAUAAAAUCAACAGUCAAAAAUUAAAAAGGGAAAAAAGAAGGAAAGAAAUGUAAUCUGAGAGUUAUACUGUAAGCUAUUUACAACAGUUGAGAUGCUUAUUUAUCGAAUUAAAAUGAUAAACAAUUGGAAAUUAUUUACGCUUCAAUAAAGACGUUCAGUCGUGCGGAUUAAAACUUAUAAUACAUGUAAAUACAUGUAAAUCGGUGAAUGACAGAGAUAGAGAUGUCUUCAGAGACACUGAAGGUAUACACCUGUCCUUAUCAAACCUGGUAGAGGCAAAACUAUCUGUUCGGUUUCACCUUGAAAUAAAGCCCGGGUAACAGCGUAUGGCAGUACAUGUAUGUAGCGCAAAGUGCUCUCGUAAGCUGUUGGGAUUAAAUAGCUCGGUGAUAAUCCCUUUACCAGCAGAGUUCCCGUCAAUUUAUGUGUGGGAAGCGAUGUGCAAAGUGCCCGAUUUU